UCUUUGUGAAGAGAGGACAUUAAAAGCAUAAAAAUGUCUCAAGAAAUUCCGCUUAACGAUAGCUUUGUAGACGCAUUUAACACUCUCAAUUUAAGCAAUCAACCGAAACUGAAUUGCAGCAAUUAUGGCACGAGUACAAUCCAAGAGCCAAACGGCACUCACGAUCUCACGUGCAGAAUGCCCCAAACAGCAGGUGAUACGGACAAUAGUGACGACACGGAUACGGACUCUGACGCGAUUGUCGUUGUGGAUUCUUCAUGCGCCUCGUCAGAUUUUAGCUUCGUGCGUGUAUCAAGUGCAAGCAUAAUCUCCUCAACAUCACUGAUUGGAUCGGAGUGUCUGAGUAUCUCAUAUACUGAUACUAUACCAGAAACAGAAAGCGAUAUCGACAUCAAUGAAAAUACUGAUAGCUCUGAUAGCAUCAUGGAUAAUCUUGUAAAUACUCCAAUGAAGCGCAAGCAUGACGGCUACCCAAUCACCACGAGGAACCAAUAUUUGCGGACGGAUGCGUCGCCGUUGCCAAGCUGUAAUGUGAUAACCACACGCAGCGGACGCGCUGUGCGCAAGCGAAUCGACCAUAAGUUUGACUAUUCGUCGGAACAGCACGACGAUGACACGGAUGAUUCGAAUGAUCCUGAUUUUGCCGAUCAUGUGGAUGCUAGUAAUGAUGAUGACGAUAAUGACAAUGAUGAUGAUGAGGAUUAUGUCGAAGAAAAUGACGACGACUACAGCCAGCAGGAGCAAAAAGAGUCAGGGCGCAGCCGGCGACGCAUUUCCAUGCACAGCAGCUGCUGUAGCAGCAGUGACGAAAGCAGCACCAUGCUCGAAACAGACACAAUCAUAUAUCUGGAUUUGAUGCAACCAGUGGCCAUUGUUAACACUGAGCCAAUGGCUGAUGCGGACGUCGAGCAUGAUACUGAGCUGAAGACGCGGCUGCAAAAAUUUCUGGGUCUUGUUGCACCGCAACGCCGUCUUUACAAUCCAAUGGAUAACUAUGACCUUGAUGACAAUCAGAUGGAUGAGAAGGAGCGUUCGCCCGUGCAGCGCAGUCGCCUCUGGUCUUUAACUACCAGCAACGAUCAGCUUCCCUCGCCACAGGCAAAAUCGUUGGCGAGACCGUUGAGUCGUCAUCCCAAAUCUCCCAGAUCGGAAAUAACGAACGAUAUGAAAAUGCUGCUAAUUGACCAUAUGGUUCAGCGUGUCAAUGCAAACUAUUUCGAAAGUCAAACGCCUCAACAUAUCAAGGAGCCCAUCGAUCUGAGUGGUCUGCCCAGCGUGGAACAUCGUGAACAAAUUUGUCAAAAGCACAAGAAAAUCUGUAGUUCAACUUUGCCCCAUAGUGGAUUAUACGGCUUCGUCGAUUCGCUGAAAUCAACAACGCCACUGAAUAUGUGUCAUCCACUUGCAUUAAACUUCCGGAAAAGUGAGUUCGAGACGUGCAAGGCGCAGCUAGCCAAGACCUUGUUCCACACGCUCAACCACACGAUCUUCCAUUGUGGCCUGCGUCUGAGGAUUGCCUGGGAGUCCAGCAUGAGCACGCCCAGCGCCCUUACGCAUCGCAUUGAAGCUGGUGGACAGCGUGUCUCCAGCAUUGUUCUAUCGCAGAACAUCAAACAGUCAGGAUUAAUGGUUAAGGCCCUGCUGCACGAAAUGUGCCAUGCGGCUGCCUUUACCUACCACGGCGAGAUAGGACACGGCGACAACUGUCGCAAGUGGGCUUAUCGCGCCAAAUCCGUGCUGCCUGAACUGCCUGAAAUUGGUGACUGUAAUGCUAGCUACAAGUACACUUGUCUUCUCUGCCGUGGACGCUCCUUUGGCAAUAUCAAGUUUGAACACGAGGCGUCACAGCUUCGCUGUCACUAUUGCCAGUUUGAGGUGAAUGUGGAACCAUGCAGUGACGAAGAUAUCCAUAACCUGUCUCUCACCGACCAGCUGAUUACGCCCUAUAAGCAGUUCAUUCGCACGAACUACGUCAAGUGCGAGCAGGGCAGCCACAGCGCCAAGAUGCGAGUCCUUAACGUGUUGUACAAGGAGCAGCAGCAUCAGACGUCUACGAGCUAAUCCUAAAGGAAGCAGCUUUAUUCUAUAUAAUCUAUAAAUACAAUGUAAUUUUAAAUAAAUAUGCGUUAAUAAGUCCAAUUGUCACAAAACAAA